AUGAAUCAGAUCCCCGACGUCUUGUACGCAGAUCGCGAAUCCACUACCUGGCUCAUACUCGGUGCGAGCAGAGGCAUCGGCCUCGAAUUCGUGCGCCAGCUGCUCCAGCGCGGCGAGCGAAUCAUAGCCACGGUGCGCGAGCCCUGGGCGUCGCAUGCGUCUGCGCUGUGGGGCCAGGCUGGGAGCGAUCAUGGCCGCUGUCAGAUGUAUAUAUGUGACGUCCUAAGUGAAGAUAGCAUCAUCAAAUUCGUCGGCCAGCUCAUGGGCAUCCGCAACCUCAAAAUAGAUUAUGUAGUCAUCAACGCCGGUGUCCUGCGAUACCCCAAUAGAGCGACUGAGCUAUCCUUCGACGAAUUCGCCUUCCACCUGCACACCAACACCAUCGGCCCCAUCAUCUGCGCACAAAAGCUCCUCCAAACAAGCAUUCCCAUCGGCACCAUAACCUUCAUGUCGUCGGACAGUGGCUCCCACGGCAACUUCCGCGAGAUGGAAGACGGCUUCGCCGCCUACGCCGCCUCCAAAGCUGCCCUCAACAUGGCGAUACGGCACAUGGCUGCCGAACUCAAGCGCAAGGACGAUGAUACCAUAAUAUUAGCAAUGCAUCCGGGUGAGGUGGCAACGGACAUGGCAAAUAUUAAUCGGACAAUGAUCGUCAUGAUUGACAACUACUGGCAAAUUGACUUUCUGUCCAGGCACCAGCUCGUGCAGAAAUCUACAGAUAGGAGUACAACCAUUCCGCAGGCAAUUAGGUCGACAGUACCCCCUGGUGAUACCGGAAGAAGCAGUUACCAAGCUAUUCACGCGGAGUUUGCGGCGACGCGAGUCGGGCUAGACGGUAAGGCAGAGAACUUGGUCUGCGAAGACCUAAACGCGAAGGAUCAAGUCAGCUGA